GGGGCGCAUUCCGAGGAAAUUGGGGACUCGAGUUUCCCGGGAAAGAGGCGCCGCCCGAGAAGAGCGAGGGUGAACGGGGCCAGCCUGAGGGGACCCGGGAGCACCCCGCGCCUCGCUUUGACCUUGGCCGGGGCGGGGAGGGGCCCAGCCCUUGCGGGGCAGCCGCCGCCCGCCAGAGGGGGCAGCGGCGACCAACUUGCAGAACUUGGCGCGGGCUGGGGCGGCUCCAGCGCCUCCUCCUCCCGCUCCGGCCGCGCCUCCUUCCCGGUCCUCCUCCUCCGGUCCGCCGCCGCCGGCCCCGCUGCGCGCCCAGCCCUGCCCCGCAGCCCCGCGCGCCGCCGAGUCGCUGAGCCGCUGUCGCCGGACGGGACGGGCCCGGCCCAGCGCGCCCCCCGAGCCCCGCCGCGGGCAUGGGCGCGCUGGCCCGGGCGCUGCUGCUGCCGCUGCUGGCUCAGUGGCUCCUGCGAGCGGCCCCGGCUCUGGCCUCCGCGCCCUUCACACUGCCUCUCCGGGUGGCCUCGACCACCAGCCGGGGGGCUGUGCCUACCCCGGGGCCCGGACCCCCCGCUGAGCCCCGCGCGGACGGCCUGGCGCUCGCCCUGGAACCCGCUGGGAGUGCGGCCAACUUCUUGGCCAUGGUGGAUAACCUGCAGGGGGACUCCGGCCGCGGCUACUACCUGGAGAUGCAGAUCGGGACCCCCCCGCAGAAGCUGCAGAUACUCGUUGACACCGGAAGCAGCAACUUUGCCGUGGCUGGGGCCCCACAUCCCUAUAUCGACUCUUACUUUGACUCAGAGAGGUCCAGCACAUACCGCCCCAAGGGUUUUGAUGUCACUGUGAAGUACACGCAGGGGAGCUGGACCGGCUUGGUUGGGGAGGACGUGGUCACCAUCCCCAAAGGCUUCAACAGUUCUUAUCUUGUCAACAUCGCCACCAUAUUUGAGUCAGAGAAUUUCUUUCUGCCUGGGAUUAGAUGGAAUGGAAUACUUGGACUGGCUUAUGCUACGCUGGCCAAGCCUUCAAGUUCUCUGGAGACCUUCUUUGAUUCCCUCGUGGCACAAGCAAAAAUCCCCAACGUAUUCUCCAUGCAGAUGUGUGGGGCCGGACUGCCAGUAGCUGGAUCUGGUACCAACGGAGGUAGUCUUGUCCUAGGUGGAAUUGAACCAACUUUGUACAAAGGAGACAUCUGGUACACCCCUAUUAAGGAAGAGUGGUAUUAUCAGAUAGAAAUUCUAAAAUUGGAAAUUGGAGGCCAGAGCCUUAAUCUGGACUGCAGAGAGUACAAUGCGGACAAGGCCAUCGUGGACAGUGGCACCACGCUGCUGCGCCUGCCCCAGAAGGUGUUUGACGCCGUGGUGGAGGCUGUGGCCCGCACAUCUCUGAUUCCAGAAUUCUCUGAAGGUUUCUGGACUGGUUCCCAGCUGGCAUGCUGGACAAAUUCUGAAACACCUUGGUCUUAUUUCCCGAAAAUCUCCAUCUACCUGAGAGACGAGAACUCCAGCAGAUCAUUCCGUAUAACUAUCCUGCCUCAGCUUUACAUUCAGCCCAUGAUGGGGGCUGGCCUGAAUUAUGAAUGUUACCGGUUCGGCAUCUCGCCUUCCACCAACGCACUGGUGAUUGGUGCUACCGUCAUGGAGGGCUUCUAUGUGGUCUUUGACAGAGCUCGGAAGAGAGUGGGCUUUGCGGCCAGCCCCUGUGCAGAAAUCGCAGGUGCUCCGGUGUCUGAGAUUUCCGGGCCUUUCUCAACAGAGGACAUAGCCAGCAACUGCGUCCCUGCCCUGCCGUUGAAUGAGCCCAUCUUGUGGAUCGUCUCCUAUACUCUCAUGAGUGUGUGUGGAGUCAUCCUUCUUGUUUUAAUCACCCUGCUGCUACUUCCAGUCCGGUGUAGGCAUCACCCCCGAGAUCCCGAGGUGGUCAACGAUGAGUCCUCGCUCGUCCGGCAUCGCUGGAAAUGAAGAGAAAAGCCUAGUGACCGUGAACUCGACAAUUAAGACGAUUCAGUGCAGCAGGCAGGGGUUAUAAGGCAAGGCUUCUUCCUGUGCGCGUUAGUCUUAAAUUUCUGUUUGCUCCCAGAUGCCUUCCAGAUUCACUGUAUUUUGAUUCUUGACUUUACAGCUUCCUCUUUCCCCCUUACUUCCAAGGAAAAUGAUAAUAAAAAAGCACCUCAUUCUUAAUCAAAACAGAGUGAAUUGGGCUUCAGGCUUUAUGUAGCUGGUUAUGCCAAACUAUGUGGGUGAGCCACCCCCCCCCAAAAAAAAAGAAACCAACCAAAAGCCUUGGCUUGUUCUCUUUUCCCUUCUAUCUCUGGAGAAAUAAGUGCAUAUACUUUAUAACUCUUCUUAGCUAAUGGGAAGCUUUUUGUAUUGAUCACAUUUAAGGGUAUUUUGUACCAGGAUCCGCCUGAGUCAAAGUGAUAACAAGAAGGUUUGCAAUAUGACAGCAGGAGAAGUAGUCUGGGGCCCGAUGAUAAAAAAGCAGCCUGCCCCCUUCGGAGUUGGAAGGAGAGCAUCAGGCCCCUUUUCUGGGUCUCUCUAUGCUCUGCGUGCGUGUUCAGUCGCUUCAGUUGUUUCCAACUCUUGGUGAUACUAUGGACUGUCGCCUGUCAGCCUCUUCUGUCCACAGGGUUCCCCAGGCAAGAAUACUGGAGCGGGUUGCCACGCCUUCCUCCAGGAGAUCUUCCUGACCCAGGGAUCGAAUUCAUGGCUCUUGCAUCUCCUGCAUUGGCAGGGGGGUUCUUUACCACUAGCACCACCUGGGAAGUCCUGGGUCUCCCUGUGAUCUGAAGGAGAGCUGGACUCUACUAGGAAGAGAUGAUCACUCAAGUCUUCACCAGCCUCUUCUGAAGACGGAAGGCCUUCAAGUGCAAAGGAAGCGUACUCUUUGUACUCAAUACUUGCAUAGUACUAUGGGUGUGAAAGUAAAAACUACCUCUGUCAACACUUUAUCCAGGGUCCUGUGCCUGCUGGGGGUACAGGCAGCCUGCUUCCAGCCAUUGCCCCCGCCUAAAGAAUCCUCUUUCCAGCAGGAGAGAUGUAAUAGGUGCUGAACCACAGAUCAACCUGGAGAUGUUCUGUCAUGGAGCUGGUUAUCAUCACAUACGCUUACUCUUACCCAAAAUGAAUAAACACUGUAUGAAGGAGAAAAACAGAUUCUCUUUCACUGGCUUAAUUGUUUCUUUUUCCAAGUCUCCCCUGAAGGUAGGUUGCUGAUUACUCUUUUGGGGAAUAGAGACAUGGCUCGGUGCCCAUAUCCCCGACCAGCUCUCCAAGGAUGUGAGGGAAUUUCUGCUUUUUCCUGUGCUUUGGAACCAUGAGCUUCUGUGUGCAGAACCGCCAAGGCUCAAGCACACCCAGCUGAAAUAGCUGCUGACCUCCAUGCUUCUGCCCUUUGGCAUGUUCAGUCUUUGGUGAUGAGUCAGGGGUGCGGUGGUUUCCUUAUUUGGAGAACUCCACACUUGCUAUCAUUUAUUUGAGGACUUUGGCAAAGAAAAGCAGAAGCCUUUAACUUGAGGUCAUCACAAGAAGGGUUUAAAGGCAAUAUCCUUUCUCUUGCUGUGUGCCAAGUUCAAGGUUCCCUUUGCAUCACUGUUGGGGUGGGUCAGAUAUACAGUACAAACCCAGAAGGGCUCCCUGAAGCAUCUCGUCUGGCUGGGAUGUUGUUCAUGUUCCUGUGGAUGUUUCACUCACCUGCCCGGUUCACUGUCUCCCCAAGUCACCUCCAUAUUCAGAAACAGAUAAGCCUGCCCAAGAUGACUGUGCCAGAGAGAUGCAGGGCCAUUGAUAUGCAUCUUAGUGUCCUCACAGACACUAAGUGUCCCCCAGGGGCCCCAAGAAUCUUGUGGCGAAGGGCUGAGUUGCAUCUUAGAACAUGGAUCUUCUGUGUUAAGAUCCAUGCAGGUAUGGCUGUGGUGAGAAUGGAACCCUCUUGAAAUGGGAUGAGAAGAGGACACGGUCAUCAGAAGGUCAUUGUCCCUUCCAGCCUCAGCUAGUGGAGAGGUAAUAAUUUCAAAAUACAUUUCAGAGAUAGAAAUCUCUGGGGAGUCCAGUUCUCUUUUUGCCCUCUUGGCUUUUUCAUGGGUUCCUGUUCGGUGGUCCACUUUCCCUGGAUGUGCAGGUGAUAUCCCUUGACAGUGCCUUCCCCUUGCUCUGAAAAAUCCAAACUCCUGAAAUAAAAGGAGGGGAUUGUAUAUAUGACCCGGUUAUUUCUGCUGCUUAUUGCUUUACUCAGGCAUCUUGUUUCAUUUUCCCGUGUUUGGUUUCUGAGCUGGGGGCUGUCUCUCCUGCCAUCAACUAGCAGGCAUGGUUCCCAGAAUACUUGAUAAUAGCAAGUUAGAUUUCAAGCUUGGGUGUUUGAAUGAAGUUUGCUAUAAUGCUCUGUAUUUCCUAUCAAAUUUCUCUACCUUUUCAUCUGAGAUGUCAGUGGAUGUGACAUUUUAAUGGAAAUACUGAAAUUACAAAAGCAUAACUUAGCAACAAGGAUGAACUAGACAAUUGAAAUUGGGACGUUUUCCUGGCAUGCCUUGCUGCUGAAAAUUGGACUUUGAGUCAAAACCCUGUUAGUGACACGCACCUCCUCCGGUUAUGUAAAUUGAUCCUUCACUUGGCAAAUCUUCAAACAGGCUUGCUUUGAACAGGAAAGAAGAUAGCAGCCCUUUGGGGGUGUCAUUUUUACCAGGCUGUGGAAGGGGCUGGAAGAUGGUCCUCUCCUGAAAGAUGCAAAUUAGCAUCAGGUUUUUGUCAAAACCUUGUCAACUCUCUGAUGGAAAAAGGAUGUUUUUACGUGAACAAUGUAUUUUUUUAAAUAGGCUGAUGCUUUAUAUUCUUGAUGAGUUAUUCAGAAGCCUGAAAUGAAACCCUGUCUUCAGAACCUGAAACUGUUUCUCAAAACUAGCGAUGAGAUGGGGAUUGAUUAUAUUUUUUUCCUCUGGAAUUUAGAAGAACUGCAACUGAUUGGUGUGUGAUCACCAUGGUGAACUAUUUUGCUUUUCUUAUGAACCAAAACACAGGGACCUGGUGUUAAAGAAAUAGAUUCCUGGUGUGUGACAACCGGGACGGUCUUCCUGAAUGCAGCCCACUCCCAGACUUCUGCAGGAUUUUUCUUACCUGCUUCUGUGAAAUGCAGACUUUUUGGUCCGAGACAAAUUUGGGGUCGGUUACAGUUCAAAACUGUGAAAGUAACUCCCAGCAAUGAGGUAUUAACAACUUCACAGAGCUUUGGGUCAUAGAUUCUGCAAAGCAGUUUUGCUUUGGGGAUUCCAUUAUCUCCUUCAAGAGGAGCAGAAGGACUAUUUCUUCAUUUAAUAGAGGCUCCUCUCAAAUGGAAAUUUGUUAAAUUCCUCUCACCAGAUCCCCACUGGGGGAGUUGCCAGGCGUGGUUCAGUGCCAAGUUCUAGCCUGGUGUCACCUGUUGUCAUUAGAAAUAAAUCACUGCCUGACAGCCUGUUCCAUAAACAACAAUAAUUGAGUUUCACAGACUUUAUCCUUAUUAGCAGAAAGCAAAUAAUUGAGUGGAAUCCCAGUGCAUUUUUCUCUUGCAUAAACUUAUUAGAAUUGAUAACAGAACUGUUCAGAGGAAAUACUUGCCACUGAGAGUGUUUUCUCUUUUAGGCAAAACAACUAAACACCAACCAUAAAAUGUAAAAUGAUGAGUUUUGCCAAGAAAGACACUAGAUUUCUGGGGCCAAGAAAACUCCACCUGACAGAAGUUGUUGUUACAGUUUCAGUGGGUUUUAAGAACUUCAGACUUGAACUUGUGGCAGUUUACCAAUUAAAUAGCAAGAUGGAAAAAUACAUUUUGAAAGUGAGGAGGGGAAAAUACAAAUAUAAUCAAAAGUAUGCUAACAAAAUAAGUGGAAUUAUCUCUUGGAAAAUGGCUUCAAUUCCAGGAAUCAGCAGAUUUCUUUUACUCUUAAUAUUGCUGAGACCAUGGGAGAUGUGAUUUAUUUCACACAGCUGCAAACCCCAAAUUUCAAGAACAUUCAAGCUGGAAGUGCAUGUCAGAUGUCAGCACAGAAACACAGAAAGCAAGGCCCCUUACACUUGGCAUUACCUGAUCCAGGUGAAGAUUGGCUCAUCCAAGGAACAGGGAGUAGGUGAUGGUUGGGACUGGGAGAAUUCUAGAACCUGGGAAGGGCAAUGGGAAUAAGAGGUCAUAUCCCUCAGUCAGCAGAUGAUGGCCAAGGUCUGGACGAACUGAAGACAUCCCAGGAUGUCAUAGGAAACUCAUUUCCCCAAGUUUGGGGUACAGCCUACCUUCUUAGGAAUUUUCCAAAGGAACCUCUCAGGAUGUACAAAUUUAUCAAAGAGAAACUUGCUUUGGAGCCAUCGCCGCUGUUCUAACACAACUGGAGAUAUCUGAACUCCCAAGCAGGACAUGAUCCUUAGGCUGCAGGUUCAAGUCAUGCCCUGGGAAGUUCAUGGGACAGGGCCAAGAGUCUGAAGCCAAAGGGAGCUGGUGAAGUUUAGGAUCUGAGCACCUGGCCAUGUCAACCCAGCCCUGCCAGCCAGUUAGUUCACUGACUCAGAAUCCUGCAGCACUCAGAAUCGUAAGCACACUCCUUCUCCAGGGAUACCUGCUGUCAGCAGCAUGACCAGGAAGAAGGACUUGGGGGCAGCAGAAGCCUCCCUCAGGGCACCUGGACAGCAGCAUCCUCACAGGUCCACACCGGCUCUGAACGCACACACAUCCUUGGCAGAAUUCAGGCAGUUCUGGACUCCUCAGGAGAUGCUAGCACACAAACCCAGCUUUCAGCCUUGGUAAGAACACCUUCCCAGGGGUGAGCAGAGACGGCCUGAUGCCCCAAGUCAGCAACACUGUGGGAUGUGGUCAUGAAAGCAAAGCCAGGCCUCAGUGAUGCAGUGUGUCUUCAAAACCUCUAGUUACUGGGAUUAAGUACGAGUGGGUUGCCAUUUCCUUCUACCGGGGAUCUUUCUGACCCAGGGAUCGAACCUGUGUCUCCUGCAUUGGCUGUGGAUUCUUUACCACUGUGCCACCUGGGAAGCCCUAACACACAGGUGUACCCCACACAUAUCUAUCUGAGUAGAAUAUUUUGCCAAUGUAGAUUUAUAAUUAUAACUUAUAUAAUUACAAAUUAUAGAUUUAUAAAAUAGAUUUUGAAUACAAACUCAGCUGUCAUACUGAUGAUGUCAUUAAAAGGAAACUUGAAAUGUUGAAAAUCUUUGGAACCUAGCCUAAUUUGACAUUGAUAUUUUUCCAUAGAACUUCCUUCUUUCCGCUUGGAAUAAUUUUACUUUUUUAAUUCAUGAUGCAUGCGUGGAUCAGAAUUACAUGAGAAACUAGUGUCUCCAAAAGGGCUUAUUUUUUCCUCUUUUUUAAAUGUUAGGUGCAGAGGUAGUUGAAAGUUUCCUGAUAUAACUAAGGUUUCAGCUUGCUUCAUUUCAUGUGUUAGAAUAAAAUUUCACCUACACCUCACAUUCUGGUAGUCAACACUUCUGAGUGAAAGCUAAGAAAACUCUUCAAAAAUUAUCUUUGUGAGUUAAAGAAAAAUAAGCAAAGCUAAUUAAGAAUCUAUUCACUUGUAAUGAGAAUCACCAAAAAUAAACUUUGGUAACCCCAGUUUCUUUUACGAUUUGGUGUUCUUUCCUGCUAGUGGUGGCUUGGAUUUUUUUUUUUCCCCUAACUGUGGAUAUAAUUUUAUACAUCCUUAUCAAUGAGGCUGGAAAUUUAGGGUUGGAAUUAGCAUAAUGAGAGGAAAACAAUGGAUGAGAUUUACCAUGUGCUAAUAAAAGAUGUAGUUUUGUAAUCUAGAAUGAUGUAUUCCUACUAUGUCUGUUAAUUUGCACCAUUAAAUAUACUUAAAGUUUAAAGUCCCUAUGUUCAAUCAUGUAAAGCAGCCACUGAUUUUUUCUCAAAAAGGGUGACUUUUCUGCAGCAGCAGUGUUUAUGUUUUGGCUAAAGAGUUGAAAACCUUGUAUUCUUUAAAAAAAAAAAAAAAAAAGUCCUAAAAGUAAUGCUUUAGAAAAUGUAUUUUAUGUGUGUAUUUCAGAUUUUCAUCCUUCAAUACACAAUGCAUACGUGUUACUUGUAUUUCUGGAAAUGCUUCAGGUUAUUUAUAUUUCCCUUUUGGAAUUUUCCUCUAUUUUUAAGAUAUCAUGUUGAUUUAAAUCUAUGUCACCAUAGGACCAGGAGCAGGACUGCAAAGGUGUUCAUGUCAUCUGAGAAGAGGUUAUCUUAGCUACUGAUCAGUCUCCAAAUUGUUAUACACUUCAAAAGUGGAAUUUUCUAUAAUAAUCUUAUUUUUCUACCUGUCUGUUCCACCAGUUUGAGAUGUGCACCAUUGAAAAGGAAAUAAAAGAGUUGAUUUGUUUGAAUAACUACUACU